CCACUGCAUCAACACACUUGCACACACCGCCGUUGAUAACCUCUUGUACUAGUAAGAAGAAGUGAACAUGAGCAGUAUAGGUAUAGUUCAGUCUGCUGUGAAGAAGGUCCAACAAGUAGGGGUCGAUUUCGUGCAGGUCCAGGUGGUGGCCUCCGCGGUGCUCGCCAUUCUGGUGGUGGCGCUUAGCGCGUAUGGUCGUCGCUGCCGCCACCCGGCACUCCGCCUCAUCAUCUCCGGCGCCUCCAUCGCCUUCAUACCGCUCACGUCCUCCGCCAUCAACGCCUUGCUGGGGCAGAGGAAGAUGCUCAAGCUGUUGAAAGAGUGCGAAGACCCGACUUGCAAAGGCGGCAAGUACAGCCCAGAGGUCCAGACCAUGUGGACGCUCCUCCUGUGGAGCGUCCUCAUCCUCAUCAUCAAGGGCAAUGCCGACACGGCCGCGGCCUCCGCUGCCGCCGCCUCCGCCUCGCCUUCCUCGGGCGACGUCGGUGUCGACGGCCAGAAGGUCCGGACCCCAGUGGAGCUACUGGCUACGUAUGCCGUGGUGGUGUGGCUCAUCGUGGAGUGCAUUCCUGAGGCGGAAUGGUUGAAGUUUGAGGGAAAGGCAAUUUUCGUCGUCUUCUUCCUGCUCGGCUUUGCCAAGGUGGUGCUCAAGCUGGUCGCCUUCCUCAUGGCGAGCAACUCCUACGCCAUCGGCAAGAACGCCCGGCUUGUCUCCGGCUACAUGGCGCAGCUGGUCGAGGAGGGCGCCGAGGAUGGCCAUGGCCAUGUGCCUCCUUAUCUGGUUGUAGGGGAGAGCAAGGAGCACGUCGAGGAAAAGCCCCAAGGGUACCGCAUCAAACGCGAAAGCGACCCCGUCAAGAAAAACAAGGACAAGCUCGGCGCUCUCAUCACGCUCGACCGGGUGUGGACACUGUCCGAUCACGGCGACGGUUUCCUCGCCAAGAAGCUGGAGCUAAGGGAUCUCUGUCUCUCAUUCUCCCUCUUCAAGAGUCUCCGGCGUCGCCUCUCAGGGUACCCGUUGACCGAGGAAGGAUCCAGCAAUGCUCUCGACUUCGUGCUCAGGGGCAUGGACACUGCGGCCGGCGACGGCAAAGCAGGCGUGGAUGCCAAGCGGGUGUUCCGAGUCCUUGUGGACGAGCUCUGGUUCGCAAGUGAUUUCUACUACUCGCCGCUCCCGCUGUGCUCCUUCAGUGGGUGGUGCGCCGCCCUCAACUAUCUCCUGUCGGUCCUCAUCAUCGCCGGAGCUAUUGGAGUGGGAGUGCUUUAUCAAAUCAGAAGGGUGAUCGUUGUCGGUCCCGACCGGGCCAAAGAGAACCCAGCUAAGGGUCCAGAAUUGUACCAGGUAGCUUACUACUUCAUCACCUUGUUCCUCCUACUCGCCGCCGUGCUCACCGAAGCGUGUGAGAUCAUCGCCGGCGUGUGCUCCAACUGGACCAAGAUGGCGUUGAUCGGCCAUUACAUCAGAAGUGGCACGCUCGGUCGUUGGACCAACGCGGCCCUGGACACGGUGCUGCGUUUCAGGCCCGCGAAGCGCUGGAGCGACGAGAUCGGGCAGACCUCGGUGCUCGAGCCCCGCCGAUUCGGGCGACGGUCGGGGCUUUUCUCGGAGAAGCUGUAUGGGCGCGCAGGGCUUAUGAGGUCGGUGGAAGUCUCCCAGGCCGUUAAGGACGCGGUGCUCAGGUCCUUGAAGAGUAGCUAUGGGGGACUGGACAAAGGAAGCACCCUCGCCGCGCACCGGGUAGGCCUCGGCGGCAAGGUCGACAGCUGGGCGUGGCCGGCCAUCGGUGCCGGAAGCGGCAGCGGCACCAGCAGCACCACGGAGCAUAUCCUCGCUUGCCACAUCGGCGCGAGGCUCUUCGAGAUCAAGUACUCGAACGCGGCGUGUCCAACGUUGGCGGCGGCCGACAUGACAGCCGCCUGCCAUUUGUCUUACUACUGCGCGUACCUGGUGGCGGCCUCGCCGGGGCUGCUGCCGGACAGUCCGGCGUGGACCGACAAGCGGUACAAGGAAGUGGUGGCGGACGUGAAGGCGGCGCUGGGAAAGGACGACGACGGCGCCAGCGAGUCGACGGCGCAAAGGUACGAGCGGCUGCUCAAGGAGCUGAGCGCGACCAGCAGGGACGAGGUGCUGCAGCGCGGCGCCGAGCUUGGGAGCCGCCUGGUGGAGGCGCACGCCGAGGAUGAGGCGGCGGCAUGGCGGUUCCUGGCGGAUUUCUGGUCGGAGAUGGUGCUCUUCGUCGCACCGUCGAAGAACGUCAAGGGCCACGUCGAGGCCAUGGGGCGCGGCGGGGAGUUCGUCACGCUCGUCUGGGCGCUGCUCAUGCACGCCGGUGUCACGGACAGGCCUGGGACAGCUGACGGUACUGGCGUCCCGUAACCGGGGAAAUCCGUCAUGUCAUUUGUUCAUGCAUCUUUCUCGUUUUGGAAGCUUCUUUUGUUUCCCUUUUUAGACUAGAUCGUUGUAAGUUAAUUAGUUUCGGAAGUAAAUCAAAAUCUUAA